CUCUUUACUUUGAUAGAAACCAUAAAAUAUAGGGACUAAGUUGAAACAUUUGAAAACAUAAGUGAGAUCAGAACUAAUACAAAAUCGUCGGCGUCACCAGCCCUAAUCCAUUUCCGCCACCACGAACACCGCCAGAAAGCCGUUCUCCACCCCCAUUCCAGUCCCGCUCCGUCCGAUUAAAUCGCCGCCACGGUGCGCGUGAGCCGCAUUGAUUGCCGUUCCGGCGGAUAAAUCGCUUCUUCUAGAUUUUACAACACGCCAGCCGCUGUAUGCCGGAACUUUGCCUCCGUUCCGAUUCCACGAACUCCGUUCCGGCCGCUGUAGCGGCGUUCCGAAAUGGGCCGACGGUAGCAUUGAGUAGAAGAAGAUCUCGAGAAUUCCACAAAAAAUGUCCGAAGAAGUUGGGAUGAUGCUGGUCUACGACGACCCCUCGGAUCAAAGAUCCAUGUCACUCGACGAAACCAGCAGCACCGAAGAUUCCCCAAAUGGGACCCACCUAUCCCUAGAGUUGACCAACGAAACCACCACCCCCUACAUUGGUCAGCGCUUCCCCACCCACGACGCUGCCUACGAACUCUACACCGAGUUCGCCAAACGUAACGGCUUCUCGAUCCGCCGCCACCGUACGGAGGGCAAAGACGGCGUCGGAAAGGGCCUAACCAGGCGGUACUUCGUCUGCCACCGCGCCGGCAACACUCCGGCAAAAGCAUCCAGCGAGAACAAACCCCAACGAAACCGAAAGUCCUCUCGGUGUGGGUGCCAGGCGUACAUGCGUAUAAGCAAGUCUUGCGAAUUGGGAGGAGUGGCGGAAUGGAGAAUAACGGGGUUUGCAAAUCACCACAACCACGACCUUCUAGAAGCUAACCAAGUUCGUUUUCUCCCUGCUUAUCGAACGAUCACAGAAUCAGACAAGAAUCGAAUACUCAUGUUUGCGAAAACCGGGAUUUCGGUGCAACAAAUGAUGAGGCUGCUCGAGCUCGAAAAAUGCGUGGAGCCAGGUUAUUUGCCCUUCACAGAGAAAGACGUGAGGAAUUUGCUUCAGUCUUUCAGAAAAGUGGACCCGGAGGACGAGAGUGUGGAUUUGUUGAGGAUGUGCAGGAGUAUUAAGGAUAAAGAUCCCAGCUUUAAGUUUGAGUUCACUCUUGAUGGCAAUGGCAGAUUGGAGAAUAUAGCGUGGUCGUACGCUUCGUCUGUGCAGUCUUAUGAAAUAUUUGGUGACGCAGUGGUGUUUGAUACCACGCAUCGGUUGACUGCUUUUGAUAUGCCUCUCGGAAUAUGGGUGGGGAUGAACAACUAUGGCAUGCCUUGCUUCUUCGGUUGUGUGCUUCUUCGUGAGGAGAACUUGAGGUCGUUCUCGUGGGCUUUGAAGGCUUUCACGACAUUCAUGAACGGGAAAGCUCCACAGACAAUACUAACCGACCAAAACAUGUGCCUCAAAGACGCAAUAGGAAUGGAGAUGCCGACCACGAAACACGCUCUCUGCAUAUGGCUUAUCGUGGCAAAAUUCCCGUCGUGGUUCAAUGCAGUUUUGGGUGAGAGAUACAACGAUUGGAAAACCGAGUUCUAUCGGCUCUAUAACUUGGAAACGAUCGAUGAUUUCGAACUGGGUUGGAGAGAUAUGGUGAACUCUUUCGGCUUGCACACAAAUAGGCAUAUAGCUAGCUUGUACGCCUUACGGAAUCUUUGGGCACUCCCUUUCUUGAGAAGCCACUUCUUUGCAGGAAUGACCACUCCUUCACAUUCGAAAUCGAUCAACGCUUUUAUUCAACGCUUUUUGAGUGCUCAAACUCGCCUUGCACAUUUUCUCGAACAAGUAGCUGUAGCAGUGGAUUUUAAAGAUCAAGCAGGAGAACAACAAACCAUGCAGCAGAACAUUCAAAACAUCAGCCUAAAAACAGGGGCACCAAUGGAAUCGCACGCCUCCUCAGUUCUAACGCCUUUCGCCUUUUCGAAGCUCCAAGAACAGCUGGUUAUGGCAGCCCACUACGCAUCUUACCAGAUGGACGGUGGAGAUUUCCUCGUCAGACACCACACGAAACUCGAGGGCGGCCGUAAAGUCUACUGGGCCCCACGAGAGGGAAUAAUCAGCUGCAGCUGCCACCAGUUUGAAUUCUCCGGAAUCCUCUGCAGGCACGCCCUUAGAGUGCUCUCCACCGGAAACUGCUUCCAAAUACCGGAGAGGUAUCUGCUGCUCCGGUGGAGGCGCAUCAGCUUGCCACCUGGCGGCAGACAACCUCAGACGGCUCCUAGGAGCGAUCAAACGGAUAGGGUGCAGUUGCUGCAGAGCAUGGUUACGAGCCUUGUGGCGGAAUCUGCGAAAUCGAAAGAAAGGAUGGAUUUUGCGACGGAGCAAGUUUCGAUUAUUCUUUCCCGAGUUAGGGAGCAGCCCGUUUCGAAUCUUGGCUUGAGGGAACUAUCUUCCACUCAUAGGAGUCUUGCUUGAAAAGGAAAGAACAUAUAUAUAUAAUAUAUAUAUUAUAUAUAUAUAUAUUAGAAGACAACUUUUGUAGGAUAUAGUGAGAGAAAAUAUAUACUAGGUAAUGAUGGAAGGCAUGUCUGUAAAGGGGUUAAUAUUUUGUGACACAUUUUUUGUAAUUGUUUCUGAUGAAAAAAAAAAACCACACACCCUUUGUGUUUUCUCAGACAUCUUUUGGGAAUAUCUCUAUUGAGGUGAAUGUAUAAACAUAUUAUUAUAUCAAUAUAUAUUGCAUUUAUU